UUAGCAGCACAGAGAAAACAAGGGGCCCUAAAUAAAAGUUUUGCUCGGUGCCAAACGCCAGCCGGGUGUGGCUUAAACAAAGUGGCAAAUCUCGUCUCCAAAGCGUCCAGACAACUAUCACAUGUCAACCUCACCGACAGAGACGCUGAGAGGCGCGGACACAGUGGGAGCAUGUGCACCGGGAAGGUGGCUGUGAUUACUGGGCUGGGUGUAGGUGCGAUGUUGAUCACACAAAGCGGGGACCCAGCAGUCACCGGGUAUCCGGUAUGGAGGGAAACGGGUCUGCUCGCGCGCGCUGUGCUCUGCGUCUUGACCGGAGUUUCCCUCCUCGCUGUAGGGUGGCUGUACCGGCUGCUCUUUGGUCCUCUGGAGCUGCUCAGGGGCCCCGAUGAUGUGGGCUACAUCGCCGAGGACGGUCGCUCCAGAGCCAGGGCUGCAAACGAGGUGCGCCGCAGGAGGAAAACCGGAGAGCUGCCCCCGGUGUAUCCAAACGGCUGGUACCGAGUGCUGGACUCGCACCUGCUGCAGAGAGGGGAGGUCAAAAGUGUCUCUGUGCUAGGUGAGCAGGUGGCAGUGUUUCGGGGCCAGGAUUGGAAGGCCCACGUGUUGGAAGCCUACUGCCCUCACCUGGGGGCCAACCUGGCCGUUGGAGGACGAGUGGUGGGAAGCUGCAUCGAAUGCCCUUUUCAUGGAUGGCAGUUUCGAGGGAGCGAUGGCAAGUGUGUGAGGAUCCCCUAUGCAGAGAAAGUGCCCGAGUUUGCAAAGGUGCGCUGCUGGCCCAGCUGUGAGGUCAACGGUCAGAUCCUGGUUUGGUUUCACUGCGACGGAGAAGAUCCUCAGUGGAUCGUCCCAGAGCAGCAGGAAAUCACGAAGGGCGAGUGGGUCUAUCGGGGGAGAACUGAACAUUUCAUCAACGCUCACAUAGAGGAGAUCCCGGAAAAUGCAGCAGACAUCGCUCACCUGGCUCACCUGCACACGCCAGGCAUUGUCAGCGGAGUAGAUCUGCGUUACACCAACAGCAAAACAUGGGAAUUUUUGCGGCAUGACUGGAAGGUUCAGUGGGAACCAGAGUCAGAGCCUAACAAGCAUUGUUCUCGAAUGUUGGUGAAGCAUUCGCUCACUGUGUUUGGAUGCCACUGGCCUCUUCUGGAUGUUCGUGUCGUGGCCAGACAGGUGGGUCCAGGAGUGGUGUUUCUGCUGUUUGACCACAGUUUCUUGGGUCGGGGGGUCAUCGUGCAGUGUGUGACUCCAGUGGAGCCUCUGCUGCAGUCUGUCUCUCACACCAUCUUCUAUCAGUCUAAUAUCCCACCGCUGGUGCCCAAAUUCAUCCUCAAAGCAGAGUGCAUUCAGUUUGAGCGGGACGUGAUGAUCUGGAACAAUAAGAAGUACAUCUCCAAGCCUCUCCUGGUGAAGGAGGACGCAGCCAUCCAGAAGCACAGGCGCUGGUUCAGUCAGUUCUACAGCGAGAACAGCCCGCGGCUGCAAUACCAGCGCGACACUUUAGACUUCUGACCCCGCUGAACUACAGCAGGAGAGAUCAGCAGAGAAGAUGUCAGGUCAGGGUUGACAUUAAUCAGAGGUCUCAGAGGUGGGCGUCCAGGAUUGAUUUUUAUCUCUCACGUGUAAUAAAUGACGGGACACCUGCCUCUUUUAAAAGCCUGAACCUUACGUUUAACCUUAUAACCUCCUUUUAUAAGUCUAAUUGAAGUGGAUAAUUCGACUUAACAGCUUUAUAUACGCAAGUGCCUAUAGCUGUCAGUGUGUGAAAGGAUUCAGCCCUUGAAUGUGAAAUUAUAAUGAACCAGUGCUAAAAUACAAAAGAAGCAAUACUACGCACACCACAAUUGCCUCGUUUUAACGCCGAUAAGAUCAUUAGAUUGUCACUUUUCUCUGCAAUAUGUGAAUUAUACAUAAACAGGAUAUACGUGUAACCAGUACAGUCUGAUCUGUGUUUUCUUUGAUAUGAGUUAAU